UGAAAAGCCCCAUUUGCCAUCGACACUGUGACAACUAAGACUUGAAGGGAAAGAAAGCAAUGUGAUAAGAUUUGCAGGAGAGUUCAAAACCCUCAACCCUAAAAGCUCACACAAAGAAACACAAAGAUUGAAAAUAGACAUGGCGCUCUGCAGAUUUCACUCAGCUUCUUCUCUCAUCUCCAAGUUUCUUCCUCCCUCCAACACUCUCCGCUCUUUCUCCUCAGAAACCCAAUCAGUGAAAGAGAAAAUAAUGAAUUAUAUGGCCCACCUCGACAUAAACUCUCAAAUUGGAAGUUGUAUGCCGCUCGCCGCAAUGCGAAUCGACACAAUUAUUCACAACAUUGAGGUCAACCCAGGUCAAGAGGGGAAGCUGGUUCGCUCGGCGGGCAAUUCAGCCAAGAUUUUGAAGGAGCCCAGUGGAAGGUACUGUUUGGUGAGGCUGCCUUCGGGGGAUGAGAAAUUGAUUGAUAGUAAGUGCCGGGCUACGAUUGGUUCAGUGUCAAACCCGAGUCAUAAGACGAAGAAGCUUAGGAAGGCAGGGUAGAGCAGGUGGCUGGGGCAAAGACCAGUGGUUAGAGGAGUGGCAAUGAAUCCAGUUGAUCAUCCUCAUGGAGGAGGGGAGGGAAGAAGCAAGAGUAGUGGUAGUCAUGGAAGGACUUCGCUUACGCCGUGGGGAAAGCCUUGUAAGUCUGGUUGCAAGACUGCUUCUCCUAAGAAGAGAAAGUAAAGGAGAUUAUUAUGCGUUUGAUGUUUGAAGGAUUUUGUUUAUCGUUAAUAAGAUUCAAGUCUAUUUUUCGAUUGAUUUUAAUUGUUUCAAAUGCUUCCAGCGUUGGUAAGGUUGUUUUGUUCUUUUGUUCCUUAUUGCUUUUUGAAUACUAAGCAAAUUACAUCAACCAUUUGAGAACUGAGUUUUGAUAUUCUUUGUUGGUAAUACGGUGACAAAUAGUGUACAUUAUUACUGGCUAUUUAGAAAAAAGAGUGAAUUAUAUGUUUGUUUGUAUUCUUCUUAGAAUAAAACAUCCUCUUUAUUUGAGCCUUUUAAAAUGCUUUCGGUAUUUGUUUAAUUGGUUGUACUCUUUAGUACAUUACUGAACUUUUGCCAUUUGAAUUGUGUGCGAUUGAUGAUGUUUUAACUAGUAUAGUGCAUAAUUAUUUUGAGAAUUGAGUUUUGGUACACCUCCGCGUAGACACCUACCAUCUCCUCCGUCGCUCCGCUCCGGUCAGCCAGUUACUCCGACAUUCCUGUACGCCCCUCUCCUCACAGUUCUGGGCCCCACCUUUGGACUACCACUUCACACUUCUCUGGCAAUCAUGAGAGAAAUCGUGACAAUCCAAGUGGGAGGUUUUGCUAACUUCAUCGGCUCUCAUUUCUGGAACUUCCAGGAUGAGUUACUUGGGCUGGCUUCUGACCCUGAAGGGGAUUCAGUCUUCAAAAAUCAGUGUCUGAAUAUGGACGUGCUCUACCGCACUGGCGAGACUCAUCAGGGGAUUCUUACAUAUACUCCUCGCCUGGUUUCGGUUGACUUUCAAGGAUCCCUUGGAUCAGUCAGUUCACGUGGUACAUUGUACAAUGAGGCUUCCCCCUCAGAUGUCGUGACAUGGAAGGGUAGUGUUUCCACUCAAGUGUCUGAGCCUCGUAAGAAGAAUCUGUUCUUACAAAGUUUGUAUGAGGAAGAGCAGGAAAACCUCACACUGGUGAAUGCUACCAAGGAUAAGAGGAAUGAUUUUCAAAGAGAAAGUGAGGAUAAGGAUAUAGUUGAAUGCUUAGAUAAUGGUGUCCAAUAUUGGACAGACUUCUCAAAAGUCCACUAUCAUCCUCAGAGUCUCUAUGAAUUAAGUGGAUUAUGGAUGGAUGUUCAGGAAUUUGACAAUUAUGGAAUUGGAAGGGAUACUUCCUCUGGAAGUUUUCGAGAAGGCAUAUGUGAAAGGCUUCGCUUUUUUGUUGGAGAGUGUGACCAUGUCCAGGGUUUUCAAUUUAUUGUUGAUGACUCUGGAGGUUUUUCAGCUGUAGCUGCUGACUUUUUGGAGAAUAUUGCUGAUGAGUACACUAACACUCCAGUGUUGCUCUAUGCUGCCCGCAGUCCCACUUCUUAUACGAAUCUUAGAAGCAGGAAGCAAACAGUGUUCAGGGACCUUCAUGAUUCAGUUUCAUUUUCAAGAUUAGUGCCCUACUGCAAAUUGAUUGUGCCAGUUGGUUUACCCUCCUUGAGUACAAGUAAAGCUACGACAUUCCUUCGUAUUGAAUAUGAGAAGCCUUACCACUGUAGUGCAGUUUAUGCUGCAGGCAGCUCUUAUUUAAUCUGCCCCUCAUACUACGUCUGGAUUUGUAAAAUAUUUAUUUAGGCCAAUGAAGAAAAAAAUAACAAAUAAUGCAUUAUAAAUUGUAAAUUUUUAAUUAGGCUUGCCUUGCCUGUAUAUUUUUAUCAUUCAUAUUUAAAAAACAGUAUUUUAAAUUAAAAAUUGACAAUUUAUUUUUUCCGUUGAUUUUUCUUAGGCAAUUGAGACAUAUUUGUCUUUUCUA